AUGAUAAAUUCAAAAGCUAAAACCGGUCGCAUCCAUCACGCAGCGAGCAAUGUUUUGCGCCAACGAGUAUUUCCUACUAUGAAAGAUGAUCAAGUCGUCAGAGCAAUACGGUACGAUCAUCUUAUAAUUCUUUUCGGAAAUAAACUUUGUCAAAAAUAUCAGGAUCCGCACUUCUACGAUAUGAUCAGACAAAAAAUGAGACAGCUUGGAAGAUUUUUAAUCGAGGCACGUAAAAAAUCGAAAGAUAUUUCUGAUUUGUUCAGCGUCUUUUACCCGAAAAAUUACGAUGCUGUAAUAUCAGCGAUUCAAUCGCUCGCUGGACUCAAUGAAACUCAGACAGGAUUCAGAGUGCCAUCGCUUGCGACUGCUUUGGGUACAUUACUCAAACAAGUUGGAAAGUUGUGUGUUUCCAAAUACAUUAAAGAUCAGAACAAAGAGAAUCAAAUCUUGACUGAAGAUUUCAUCAAGUUGUUAACUGAAGAUUAUGGGUCCAGCAUCGCUCGUACAGCUUUAGAAACUUGCGCCAGAGAAAAACGUAAUAAAAAAAUAGUGCUGCCAACAAACGAGGACUUAACCAAACUCCAAAUGUUUCUCCGUGACAAAAUCAAACAAAAUUUUUCUGCAUUGGAAGAAAAGUUCAAUCGUCAAGCUUGGACGGACUUGGCAUCAUCAGUGUUGGUAUCACUCCUGCUAUUUAACCGUCGUCGUCCGGGAGAACUCGAACGGAUUUACAUCGAAGACUAUCGAUCGCAUGAAAAAAUUGGAGCCCACAACAUCGGUCCAGAAUAUGAUAAUCUUUCUAUGGAGCAAAAAAAUUCAGCGGCACACUACGUCCGUUUUGAAAUCCGUGGCAAAUUGGUCCGCACGGUAGCGGUCUUAGUACAUCAAGAUCUUCGAAAAUGCAUCGAUUUGUUUUUGGCGUACAGAAAGCAAGCAGGAGUCGAUUCCAAGAGCCCUUAUCUUUUUGGUGUAGCCGGAUACCUCAAGGGAGACUUUAAAUAUUUGCGAGCUUAUGAACUAUUAAGACGCUAUGCGGAAGAAUGUGGUGCACCAAAUCCAAUUUCAUUGCGGGGAACGACACUCCGGAAACAUGUCGCAACAAUGUGUGUCAGUUUUAAUCUGUCCGAUCAGGAAAUAUCGGACUUAGCAAACUUCUUAGGACACUCAAAGCAAAUACAUCGAGAUUAUUACAGGCAACCGAUAAUUGUCAGGGAGAUUCUGCAUAUGACCAAAUUACUCGAGACCGUACAAGGCUGUGGUGAGGGUAGGCUCGGUCAAAUUUCAGAUGCCGAUGACGAAAGCGAUGUGGAUGACCCCGGAACUACUGCAGCACGUACUGGUGACCCGGUACACGGAUCCGGAGAAUUGUUUGAUGAAUCAAACAAAAGUAUGCAUGGCAACACGUCAUUUGGUGAAUGUUCAAAAACAACAAAGAAAACUCGAUCAGGUAAAGGCAAAUAUAUUUAA